GCCUAAUGUGGUUUAUUUUACUUCACUUUUUUAUCAGAGGGUUUUCUUGGAGGGGAAUCCUUACCUUCUGGUGGUAACCAUGGUCGUGUCACUGCUCCACUCUGUGUUUGAUUUCUUGGCAUUCAAGAAUGAUAUCCAGUUUUGGAAUAAGAACAAAUCAAUGGAAGGAUUAUCUGCAAAAUCGGUUGUUGUGAGCUUUAUAAGUCAGCUAAUUGUUUUCCUUUACCUUCUUGACAACGACACAUCUUGGAUGAUCCUUGCUAGUUCUGGGGCCGGUUGCUGCAUUGAAGCUUGGAAAAUUGGUAAAGCCGUGCAUAUCGAGGGAGCAGCAGUACAAUAUGAUGUUCUAAUGCAGACGACGCUGAUAACAGGGAUGCCGACAACAAUGACGAGGAGUGAGACUUGUUCUUAUAUUUAUGUAGUUUUAGAUUGUGUCAAGACAUGUUAUGACUUUUGAAUUUUACCUAUAUGU